GGUAAGUGCAAUAUUUUCGUCAUUGCACUUUUACUUAAUGAAUUACUAAAAUUUCAUUUAUGUAGUGUGAUUUUUUAAAAGGUGAAUGCACGGUGAAGUGACCUGGCUAUGUUAAACGUGUGAUUACUUGGUUUAAGAGAAGAGAUUAGAAAUUAGUCAGUAUCGUGUAUAUAUGGUUAAACUUCUGAAUAGAUUGGUAGUUGCUGUGUUGUAACGUUAAAAUUAAUUAAUAUAAGAUAUAAUAAUGAUUUUAUUAGAGAUACACAACAGAAUAGUCGAAGAAACAUUAACUAAUAAAAUAAAAAAUACUUUGUCAGGUCACAAGCCAGAAUCCACAGAUGUUGUUAUAGCAGAUUUUGACGGAGUUUUGUUUCAUAUUUCUAACUUAAGUGGUGACAAGUCAAAAAUUAGAAUAAGUAUUUUACUUAAAUUUUAUAAACAAUUACAAGAACAUGGAGCUGAUGAAUUACUUAUACGUGAAUAUGGAUCUUAUCUAAUAACUCCUGAAAAUGAUUACAAUGUUUCUGUGUUAAUAGACUUGGAAAAUUUACCAGAAGAUUGGGAAUCAUUAGUUAAAAAAAUUGCACUUUUAAAAAGACAUUGUUUUGCUAGUGUUUUUGAAAAAUAUUUUGAUUUUCAAGAAGAGUAUUAUGACUCACCAGGUACACAAUUACAGAAAAGGGCAGUUAUUCAAUAUAGAGAUAAGGAAACAAUGUAUGUUGAAGCCAAAAGUGAUAGAGUGACAGUGGUAUUUAGUACAAUAUUCAAAGACGAAGAUGAUAUGGUUAUUGGAAAAUUAUUUUUACAAGAAUUAAAAGAAGGAAGACGAGCAAGUCACACAGCUCCACAAGUUCUGUUUAAUCAUCGUGAGCCACCAUUAGAGUUACAAGAUUUUGAAGCAGCAGUUGGGGAUUGCAUUGGAUAUAUUACAUUUGUGUUGUUUCCAAGACAUACAAACAGAGAAGCUCGUAAUAAUACCAUUGACUUAAUACACAUGUUCAGAAAUUACUUACACUAUCAUAUUAAAUGUAGUAAAGUAUAUAUUCAUUCAAGAAUGCGUACCAAAACAACAGACUUUUUAAAAGUAUUAAAUCGAGCGAGAUCUCAAUCGAAGAAUACCGAAAAGAAAACUAUUACGGGUCGAACGUUCAUUAGAAAGGAAUGAGUGCAAACAUAAAGUUACAUUCCUAAUAUCGUUUUAAUAAUGGAUAAAUGACAUAGGUUUCAUUUAUCUUACAGAUUUGCUAGAAACUUUUUGAUCUUCUGGCAAAAGACAUAUUGUUUGUAAUGGAAGGUUUUAACCCAUAAAAUUAAUGAGUUAGGAACUUCCAAUUUCUGAGUUUCAUUACUCAUCAUCUCUAAACAGUACAAUGUCCUUUAGAGAAAUCUACAUCGCUGUAAACAUACCUAAAUUGUUACAUAUGCAGCGACAAGUGCAUGAUUAAAAGGUCAUUUUAUAUUAAAAUUCUUAAAGUAAUAUUACAAGAGUACAUAAAGUCUUCAAAGAAAUCAGGGAAUAUAUUAUAAACGAAGUUAAGAAUUAUCUUCUGUUUCACUAUUUCUGUACGUGACAAAUGCUGUUAAAUGACAUUAAUUUUGAUCUUUAUGUUCAGAAUACGUACAAUUGCAUGUUCUGUUUUAAAUGUAAAUGUAUUUUGUGUUUAAUAAUUUUAUGAGGAACUAUUUUCUUGUUUAAAAUCCACGUACAACGAAAAAUAAAAUCAGAACAAAACGCGUGGACGUUAUUAAUUAAUACAUUUAUAUAUUGCUUGUAUGUUUAACAUAGCACUGUGUUUUCUUUUUGAUAAAUUAUUUUUAUUAUCCAUACUCUUAUUAACGUAUGAUUAUUGUAAAAUAAUAAAAGUAUUAAUUCUGUAUAAUAGGUAAAAUAUUUAUGAAACCUGUGUUCAUAUUAGUUGAAAAAAUACUUUAGUUCUAUUACGAAAAUUAGUUAUAGAAUAAGCUAUUGAUUUGUAAUUCGUAAACGGUUGUAAGGGUUGGAUAAAGCACGAUUAAGGCGCAAACAAGGGUGUGCCAGAUCCUGGUGUUCAUUAAUAACCACACCCUUUUAUUUAACACUGACGUGAAAGCUAUAAUACGUGUCCCUUACAGUAUCAGUGCAAGUGUUUUUUCGGAUAGACGUACAUAGCAAUAUUUUUUCCAAGUCUUUGUUAUAACAAUUGUUUUUAUACUUAUUUUAUAAUUAAAUGAAUUUACAAUUUUCAA